ACUCCCGAAUCGGAAAUAAAAUGGGGCUUGUGUUGGCAGAGCACUUUAAGAAUCUGAGCCGAAGCCUUUGACUUUUUCACAAUUUGAUGGAUGGAAACUACCCUUUCGAAAAGGGAUGUCAGUAGCAGCAGGGCUGGAAUUGGAAAGAAGAAUCCAUUCCAGCUGUGGGCGGCUUUGGGGAUUGAAAGGAGAGGGGGAAAGAAGCUAGAGCAAACAACAUUCACUUGACCCAAGGUGCUUGUCUGCUGCUGAAGGGGUGAGGACUCUCUUCCUGGCAUGGCCGGGAUGCUCCAGCUGCAGUUUGGAACCUCUCUGUGGGCAGCUCUGGUUCUCUGUGUGCUUGCUGGGCCCUGGACACCGGCAGAUGAACAAAUUAACCUCAAGGAUCCCACAGCCACAAAAGGGCUUGAGAAUGCUGAUAUCAUAUUAGAGUUACUUUGGGGAGGGAUUGAACUUAUGGCCAAUGAGACCAUCAGGAUUGAGGAUGAAGAGUUGGCCUCCCUGCGUCCUGCCAAACGGUUACUUCACAUCUUGCAACAUAAAAUUCCAAAAAAUCCAGCUGCCAUUGAGGAGUACCUGGACCAUCUCUCACAGUCUGACACACCUAUAACUUCGGAGGAAUUUGAGCAGCUUCUAUUCAUUACUGUCUAUUCUGCUAACAAGAUUCGCCUUAUCCAAGGCCUGGAGAAAAACCUCUGGAUCAACCUUUUCACCCAGCUGGUCUCUGAAAUCAUCCGUGAGCUUUGCAAACGAUUUUGUCCAUCAGAAUCUAUGGAUUCUGUUCAGCUUCUGGCCUCCAGGCCCUGGCAGGAAAUGCCUUUCUAUAUUACUGUACUGAAACAGAUCUACCAAUCCAGCACAGCCAUGGCCCAAAGAGGCAGACAGUAAGGAGACUUUCAUGCAAAGAGGGCAUAUUUUGGUCCUGCAGCACUAACAUGUACACUUAUUUACAAUAUGUACCUUUUAGGGUCACAAAUCUCGGUAACAUUAUUCAGGACUGUGCACCCAAAUGCUACUACCUUUGUGUUUUAUUUUCCCUUGUGUAUUGGGAACUCCUUAGUUUUUCUUUGGAUUUAGAUGACUAGCUCAUUGUUCAAGGUUGAGCACCUCUGCCUCUACUUUCUCUGUAGGACAUGCAGUUCAAAAGGUUCUUGACUUUUCUUAUUCUAGAAUUGGGAAGCAUCAUUUCAGUUAAGCCAGGCCUGGUGAUGGGGCCAUAGUUUAGUGGUAGGGCAUAAGAAUGUAAGAAAAGCCCUGCUGGAUCAGGUCGAGGUCCAUCCAGUCCAGCAUCCUGCCUCUUGCAGCAGCCCACCAACAGCACACGGGAAGCCUGCUCAUGGGGGAAAGAGGGCCUCUGCUUUGCAUGCAGCAGGUCUUGGGUUCAGUUCCAGCCUCUCUAGUAGGGCUGGGGGGAACUCCUGCCUGAAGCCCUGGAGAGCCACUGCCAGCCAGAGCAGCCAAUACUGAGCUACAUGGGCCCUGAUGUAGGGUCUUUCCAGAUGGUGAUGCAUUCUUUUUUGCUCUCUCCUAUGGGCUAUGUCACUGUGGGUUCAGAUUAUGUGCAGCUCCUCCUGGAUUUUCUUGGGCAUAAUUAGCCAUCCAAUUUGGGGAACAGGGGUAUUUCUCCAAUAUACAUUUUAUCUAUCAUGAACACGCAGUGCAAAAUAUUGUGCAAGGAGGAAAAGGUGUGAAUGGCUCUAGAGAAAACGGUGGAGGGAUGGCUACCUGUGUGGGUGAUGACAUCUGAGAGGGUUGGCUCCCAAAGGUUCUCCCCCCAUGCUCUCUCACUUCUGCACCUGAGCACAAUUUUCUUCUGGUUCUUCUUCCCUUAUGCAGUCCACACACAUCCAGGCCUGUUGGUUGAUGUUAUAGUAUUUUACCUCCUUUAUUUUAAAAACAUUUUCCUUGCUUUUCUUGCACAAUAGUGCUCUUUUUAGCCUUUAGAAAAGGGCUGCUCAACUUUGGCUCUCCAGCAGUUUUUGGACUACAACUCCCAAAAUCCCCAGCCUCAGUGGCCUAUAGUCAAGGAUUAUGGGAGUUGUAGGUCAACAUUUGCAGGAGGGCCAAAGUUGAGGAGCUCUGCUUUAGAGCAAACAGCUUCCUCCCCUUCCCCUACUUAGUUGCUUUCCUUUUCUUUUUGUUACAUCCCUCCAAAUUAUUGUUGCUGCUGCUGUUGAUACAAUGGUGCAAAGAACUAUGAGUUAAGCCCCAACAUUUUAAAGUGUGGCUGAAUCAAAGCUCUUUGAGAUAUCUGUCUGAAAAUACUAUGCUAUAAUGGCCUCACAAGGAUCUACCAUGCGUUCAGUUUUUGUCCCAUUCUCACAAUAAAUAACCCAGCUACAAACAUUUUUAGUGCUUUCUCAUUCAAGCCUAUGGCCAAAGCAUCAGGGAAAGAUGUAAGCACUACCAAAUGUAGCAACCUCUGUGCCCUCUUCUUCAGGUAACAAUAUCUAACAAUACACCCCCUGCUCCCCUAGUGGGUUCCCCCUACAAGCAUUUAAUUUAAAAAUAAUAAUAUGAACAGUAUUUACACUAUAGCACCUACUCUCCCCUCCCAGUAACCAAAUGAGUGAAGAUCAACAAUUUAAGAUUUUUAAAAAAGAACUGAAACUGUGGUCCGAGCAGUACAAUUGAUGUAUGUUUAGUCAGAGGUAAAUCCCAUUAACUUCAGUGGGGCUUAUUCCUAGGUAAGUGUGUAUAAGAUUGCAACCAAGUCAUUACAGGGAGAUUAUUCUGCUGGAUUUUCUGGAAACCAUGUCCACAAAACAAAAAGACACUUGAUUUCUUUCAAUCCAAGCUGGGAGUUUUGAGAGAAGAUUGUGGAAGAGGUGGGGAGUGUUGCAGACGUUCUAUGAGCUGGAAGUGCAGCAAACCAGGAAAGCACUAUUGCAAAGCAUAAUUUAAAUAAAGAAGUAAAAAUUUGUUGCUUUCUGUGCAGGCACACAUUAAGCACCAUAGUGGGUGGGGAAAGUGGGAGAGACAGUAGAAGAGACAGGAAGGACCCUAACCUGCAAUGCCUGCCUUGGUGCAGGCUGAAAAUAGUAAGGUGGACUAGUGUAAGAACUGCUCAGUGUAGAUGCCCAAGAAGAAUAAUUUCCACAAGCAAUUCUUGUGUGAGCCCACUGAACGUCCUGUAAAUAAUAAUAAUAAUAAUAAUAAUAAUAAUAAUAAUAAUAAUAAUAAAUAAUUAAUAAACAACCCUGUCUGGAAAUACCCCUCAGUAUAAGGCAACUUCCUAUGGACCUAUGACUUUAUAUGUGGCAGUCAAUGACCAUCAGAUCCAGCACAUUUGAAGGAAAAGGUGGGGAAUUAGAAAUUUUUUUAUUCCACUACCUAUCACUUUAACCACUGAUUAUCUCCUGGUCCUGAGCAUACUAGCUUGCUUAGCUGCAUAUAUUAGCAGGCAAUGCUUUGCAUGAUAAAAAAAUGUGGUAAUCAUGGUUGAAUGCGAUAUCAAACCCCUUGCUGAGCUAAAUUUCGAGUGUAUCAUAAGUAUGUGCCUUUAGAUGGGUGUUUGCAUGGAAACAGUUAAUGUAGUUUGUAAACAAACAAAGGGUAUUGCAUAUAUAUAUUAGCCAGAAACCUGCUGCAACAAUAAAGGCAAUGUUACAUUUUAAAAUGUGAAUAUAUAAACUCUUAAAGAAAUCUUUGUUUCUGCCCUUGUCAUUUGUUUGUAACACAGAAUGGGAUUGCAGCAGGUGCUUCUGCCAGAAUAUCCAAAUUUUAUGACCAAAGAAAUACAAAGUUGUGUCGGUUGGAAUAAAAUAUGACAAUUCAUAUAAAUUUGCAGGAGACAGAUGCCCCACUACCUAAACAGCAGAAGAAUGCACACCACAGUGGAACUUGGCAAGAUUACACCAUGCAACAGGGUUAUGAUGAAUCUCUGAAGUGUGCGUCUACACUUCUGGUGUUAUGACACCGCAGUCCUUACACUGACAGCAGGGUGCCAUUCAUAUUUCCAAUGCCUUGUUUCGAAUUUAAUCACUGCAAUACAGUGCUAUGACGUUGUAUAUCCACCAUAAAAAUGU